GGGAGACCAGAUAUAGUGAAUGCAGGGUCCGGGGAGACCGGAUAUAGUGAAUGCAGGGUCUGGGGAAACCGAAUAUAGUGAAUGCUCUGUCCGGGGUGACUGGAUAUAAUAAAUGCAGGGUCUGGGGAGACCGGAUAUAGUGAAUGCAGGGUCCAGGGAGACUGGAUAUAGUUAAUGCAGGGUCCAGUGAGACCGGAUAUAGUAAAUGCAGGGUCCGGGGAGAGCGGAUAUAGUGAAUGCAGGGUCCGGGGAGACCAGAUAUAGUGAAUGCAGGGGUCCAGGGAGAGCGGAUAUAGUGAAUGCAGGGUCCGGGGAGAGCGGAUAUAGUGAAUGCAGGGGUCCGGGGAGACCGGAUAUAGUGAAUGCAGGGUCCAGGGAGAGCGGAUAUAGUGAAUGCAGGGUCUGGGGAGACCAGAUAUAGUGAAUGCAGGGUCCGGGGAGA